UGGCAGUCCCUCUGCACAUUCUGCAGUAUAGCUGCAUCAACAGCAGCUAUAUAAACACCCCACAGUGGACUGACCCCCAACGUUGAUUACGCCAAAUCUCUCCCACCUCAGCAUCUGGAGAGAGCAGACAGGCGGGCAUCAUGAAUCAGCGAGAGCAGAUGGAACAGCAGGGGCAGUGGAGAAUCACAGUGUGGGAAGAGGAGAACUUCCAGGGCAAGCGCUGUGAGUUCAUGCUGGAGUGCCCGAACAUCCUGGACAGGGAUUUCCAAAAGAUCCGCUCUAUCAAGGUGGACAACGGACCCUGGGUUGGUUAUGAGUACCCAGAGUAUCAGGGCCAGCAGUUCAUCCUGGAGAAGGGAGAUUACCCUUGCUACCAGGCCUGGAGCGGAAACAGCAGUUACCGCACUGAGCACCUGCUUUCCUUCAGACCCAUCAAAUGCGCUAACCACAGUGACAGUAAAAUUACCCUGUAUGAGUGUCAGGACAUGAUGGGACGCAAGUUUGAGAUGUGCGAUGACUACCCCUCUCUUCAAGCCAUGGGCUGGUGCAGUAAGGAGGUUCCUUCUAUCAAAGUCAACUCUGGAGCCUGGGUUGGCUACCAGUUUCCAGGUUACCGUGGAUACCAGUAUAUCUUUGAGAGAGACAGACGUCAGGGAGAAUACAGGAACUAUAAUGAGUUCGGCACCCAGGCCCACAGCAAUCAGAUCCAAUCAAUCCGCCGAAUUCAGCACUAAGCCCGCCCCCACUCUUCUCCUAUUGGCUACUGUGUAUCAAGUGACAGUAUGAUAUAACAUGAGAUAAAGCAGGCAAUAAAUACUUUUUCAAACUCUAGAAAAAAGAGUGUGCUUGUCACCAUUCCUUUGAUUUACAAAGCCGGUCCACAGGAAAGACUGGAGUGUUAUCAUUUUAUAACAACUCGUGACUGACAUUGACGACAGCUCAUAAGGCUAUCUGAGCCUUUGUACUACUUAUAAAGACUUACCAUUUUGUAAUCAGAGAUUUUGAGAGUAGACAUCUUUAGAUUAGAUUUUUAGGUUUUUUAUUGUCUUGAUGUCAGGCAUAGAAUAAAUAUUGUUCUUGUCGGAUUGUAUUUUAUUUUAAUAAACAAAAGCAUGAGACGA